GUUGGAAAAUAUGAGCCAUAGACGUUCCAAAUGGCAACAAUUUUUAAGAGUGCUUUCAAUUCAAAGGAUAUAAUUCAGGGAAAUGCCAAUAUUCUCAAACUCCACAUAACUGUUCUGUAUUUUCAGAAUAUUCUCAAUCUUCCAACACUACCCCUCCUCACGAAUAAGUUGACUAAAAGAACGCACGUUUAGAGGACAUAAGCUAUUCUUGGUAGCUUUAAAAGAAAGCACGCUCAAGGGUGAUAGACGCAUAACUUAACAUGUGCUGAAUCAUUUUCGCUGUCUUGAGCAUAGAGACAACAUACUCCACGAGAACAUGACAGAGCCAUUAUUUGGAAGUUCUAAUGAUAAGUGCAUGGUCUUUCAUUAAAAGUGAACUCCAUUGGGUUGUAUGCUUUGAUAAGAAUGGCAUUUCAAAACUCUCUCCAAAUAACUAGGAGCGGUUCUCGCACUUAUGAUGAUGAUGGGCGUGCCAAGAGGACUGGAACUGCAUGGAGUGCGGUGGCUCAUAUCAUUACAGCUAUUAUUGGUGCUGGUGUUCUUUCUCUUGCAUGGAGCACUGCCCAAUUAGGAUGGGUUGCGGGACCACUCGUGUUGCUUUUUUGCGCAUUUGUCACCCUAAUUUCUUCUUUCCUCCUAUCUGAUUGUUACAGAACUAUGGAUCCUGUAAGUGGGAAAAGAAACUACUCUUACAUGGAUGCUGUUAGAAUCUAUCUUGGCGAUAAAAGGACAUGGUUGGCUGGUUCCCUUCAAUAUUUGAGCUUGUAUGGGGCUUGUACUGCUUAUGUUAUUACCACAGGAACCUGUUUGAGAGCGAUUCUGAAAUCAAAUUGUUAUCACAAGGAAGGGCAUGAUGCUCCUUGUAACUAUGGGGAUUCCAUGUACAUGGCGAUUUUUGGCGUUGUUGAGAUCGUAAUGUCAUUCAUACCAGAUCUCCACAACAUGGCAUGGGUUUCAGUUGUUGCAGCCAUAAUGUCCUUUUCAUACUCAUCUAUUGGUUUAGGACUUGGCAUCAAAACAGUAGUAGAAAAUGGAACAAUUAUGGGAAGUGUAACAGGAGUACCAACUUCAAAUAUAGCUGACAAGUUAUGGUUAGCUUUCCAAGCACUUGGUGAUAUUGCCUUUGCCUAUCCAUUCACAGUUAUCCUCCUUGAAAUACAGGAUACUUUAGAGUCUCCUCCCCCAGAAAAUAAGACCAUGAAAAAGGCCUCCAUGAUUGCUAUCCUCAUCACAACAUUCUUCUACCUAUGCUGUGCAUGCUUUGGAUAUGCAGCUUUUGGAGAUCAAACACCAGGAAACCUCUUGACAGGAUUUGGAUUUUACGAGCCUUACUGGCUCAUUGACUUUGCUAAUGCUUGCAUCGUGCUUCAUUUGGUGGGAGGGUAUCAGAUUUACAGUCAGACAAUAUAUGGUGCUGCUGACAGAUGGGGUGCAAGAAAAUACCCCAACAGUGACUUUGUGAAUAAUUUGUACCAACUGAAACUGCCUUUAUUACCAGCUUUUCAGAUAAACAUGUUCAGGUUAUGUUUUCGAACAGCCUAUGUGAUUUCCACAACUGGACUUGCAAUCCUAUUUCCUUACUUCAAUCAGGUCCUGGGAGUGUUGGGAGCCUUAAGCUUUUGGCCAUUGGCUAUAUAUUUCCCAGUAGAGAUGUACUUUGUGCAGAAGAAAAUUGAAGCUUGGUCUAGCAAAUGGAUUGUCCUUCGGGUAUUUAGCUUUGUUUGUUUGCUAAUGUCAUUACUGGGUCUAGUUGGAUCGCUUGAAGGAAUCAUAAGCCAGAAACUUAGCUGACAAAGGGUGCUUCAUUUGUUUUAGUUUGUUACGCGUUGUUGGCUUGUCUUUCAUGUAAGUCAGUUUCCAAUCGAGGCAUUCUGAAAUAGUGACAUUUAUGAAA